GUCAAACGCAAACCAACGAACGUAACUGCAUACUACAAUACCCAAACGUGCGUAAACCACAAUUUCAGAGACUCAGUGAGCUAGCCUUUCCAUUUCCAUUCUCUCUUUAAUGGCGAUUGCUUCACCCUCUCUUCGCCCUCUUCACAAAUCUUUACUCCCGAAUUACCCUUGCUUUUCUCAUAAUGUACGGUUUCCUCCCUCCCUCCAUUUUUCUUCUCAACCCUUCCGCUUCACUGUUCGGGCCACCUCCGCCGUUGCUUUGGAGCAGGAUUUAAGGACUCAGCAGAAUCAAAAAGUGGAAACUGACUCGUUUUCUUGCCCCGUGUGCUAUGAACCACUGAUAAGAAAAGGUCCUUCAGGUUUUAACUUGGAAGCUAUCUACAGGUCUGGAUUUAAGUGUAAAAGAUGCAACAAAUCCUACUCAAGUAAAGAUGCAUAUCUGGAUCUGACUGUUACUGCUGGAUUGAGAGACUACACUGAAGUCAAACCAGCUGGGACCGAACUAUUCCGGAGUCCUUUUGUAUCAUUUGUCUACGAAAGAGGCUGGCGACAAAAUUUUAACCGAAGUGGCUUUCCUGGGCCUGAUGAAGAGUUCAGAAUGGCUCAGGAAUACUUCAAACCUGCAGAAGGUGGCAUUUUAGUGGAUGUUAGCUGUGGAAGUGGUUUGUUUUCCCGAAAAUUUGCCAAAUCUGGGACAUAUUCAGGUGUUAUUGCACUUGAUUUUUCUGAAAACAUGCUCCGGCAAUGUAAUGAUUUCAUUAAGCAAGAUGCAUCUGUUUUGGCUAGCAAUAUUGCUCUUGUCAGGGCUGAUGUUUCCAGGCUUCCUUUCUCAUCCGGUUCUAUUGAUGCUGUACAUGCUGGUGCUGCAUUGCAUUGCUGGCCAUCUCCUUCAAAUGCUAUUGCUGAAAUUAGUCGUAUAUUGAGAAGUGGUGGAGUCUUUGUUGGAAGCACUUUUCUUCGUUAUAGUUCUUCUACUUCCCGGAUAAUACGACCUUUCAGAGAGAGGAUUCUGCAGAAUUAUAACUACCUCACAGAGGAGGAGAUAGAGGACUUAUGCACAUCUUGUGGUCUUACCAACUAUACAAAAAAGGUUCAACAAUCUUUUAUCAUGUUUUCUGCUCAGAAGCCUUGAAGCUGGAUUUGGAUCAUUUGAAGUAUGAUUCUUCUUUUGAUGCAUCACCUGUCAUGAUCCUUAAAGAUUUGUUGUAUAAUAUUAUCGAUUAUACAGAAAUCAUUAAUUAUAAAAACAAAACCUGAAAAAGAUGAUAAACUGUGACAGAUGCAAUUUAUAGUGUAUACUUAAUAAUGCAAGAUAGUAUUUCCUGUUGAAUUGAUGAUUGUGUAAACACUAUGAAAGAUUUUAUUAGUGCUCAAUAAUAUUGAGAAUAUGAUGACAUUCUGAU